GCCGGCCGGUUCCCCUCCCCCGGCCGCUGGCUCGCUCGCUCGCUCGCUCUCAGCGCUGCAGAGGCUCUGAGGCGGCGGCGGCGACUCCCUUAUCCCCUCCCUCCGGUGUCGGUCGGUCCGCCUGUGCGUGCGUCUGUCCGUUCGGCCUCGGUCCGGCCCGCAGCAUGGCCGGCGUCAGCUUCAGCGGCCACCGCCUGGAGCUGCUGGCGGCGUACGAGGAGGUGAUCCGGGAGGAGAGCGCAGCCGACUGGGCUCUGUACACAUAUGAAGAUGGCUCAGAUGACCUCAAGCUUGCAGCGUCAGGAGAAGGGGGCUUGCAGGAGCUUUCCGGCCACUUCGAGAACCAGAAAGUGAUGUACGGUUUCUGCAGCGUCAAGGACUCCCAGGCUGCCCUGCCAAAAUAUGUGCUCAUCAACUGGGUUGGUGAGGACGUGCCUGAUGCCCGAAAAUGUGCUUGUGCCAGCCAUGUGGCCAAGGUGGCUGAGUUUUUCCAGGGUGUUGACGUAAUUGUGAAUGCCAGCAGUGUGGAAGAUAUCGACGCUGGUGCCAUCGGGCAACGGCUCUCCAAUGGACUGGCACGGCUCUCUAGCCCAGUAUUGCAUCGCCUGCGCCUUCGGGAGGAUGAAAAUGCUGAGCCGGUGGGCACCACCUACCAGAAGACAGAUGCGGCUGUGGAGAUGAAGCGGAUUAACCGGGAGCAGUUUUGGGAGCAGGCCAAGAAGGAGGAAGAGCUGCGGAAGGAGGAGGAGCGGAAGAAGGCUUUGGACGCCAGGCUCAGGUUUGAACAGGAACGGAUGGAGCAAGAGCGGCAGGAGCAGGAGGAACGGGAGCGGCGCUACCGAGAGCGGGAGCAGCAGAUCGAGGAGCACAGGAGGAAACAGCAGAGUCUCGAAGCCGAAGAGGCCAAGAGGAGGUUAAAGGAGCAGUCUAUCUUUGGUGACCAGCGGGAUGAAGAGGAAGAGUCCCAGAUGAAGAAGUCAGAAUCAGAGGUGGAGGAGGCGGCUGCCAUCAUUGCCCAGCGGCCUGAUAACCCACGGGAGUUCUUCAGGCAGCAGGAACGAGUGGCAUCGGCCUCUGGCAGCAGCUGUGAUGCACCCGCGCCCUUCAACCACCGACCAGGUCGUCCGUACUGCCCUUUCAUAAAGGCAUCGGACAGUGGGCCUUCCUCCUCCUCCUCUUCCUCCUCUUCCCCUCCACGGACUCCCUUUCCCUAUAUCACCUGCCACCGCACCCCAAACCUCUCUUCCUCCCUCCCAUGCAGCCACCUGGACAGCCACCGGAGGAUGGCGCCCACUGCCAUUCCCACCCGGAGCCCGUCUGAUUCCAGCACAGCCUCCACCCCCAUCACUGAGCAGAUCGAGAGGGCCCUGGAUGAGGUCACAUCCUCGCAGCCUCCACCCCCACCUCCACCACCCCCACCAGCUCAAGCAGAGGCUCAGGAGUCUACCCCCAGACGGGAUGUCGAAGAGAUCAGCAAGGAGGCCAAAGCAGCCGCAGCUCCUCAGGUCCGGGCUGGCUGUGCAGAGGAGCCCCCUCAGGCACAGGAACCUCCUCUGUUGCAAAGCAGCCCUGUGGAGGACUUGAUGUGCACAGGAUCUCCAGAGCAGGCUGUCCUGGCUGCCCCUGCAGAGCCUGCUGCCUCUGUCACCUCAGUAGCGGAUGCUCAUGCAUCUGACACCAUUGAGACCACCACUGCCACUACUGCCACCGCUAUUGCCAACAACGUCACCCCUGCCACGGCCAGCCUCAUCGAUCUAUGGCCUGGCAACGGGGAAGAGGCCUCGACACCUCAGGCUGAACCCAGGGUGCCCACACCACCCUCAGGUGCUGAGGCCUCCCUCGCGGAGGUGCCUCUGCUGAAUGAGGCAUCUCAGGAGCCGCUGCCACCCGUGGGCGAAGGCUGUGCCAACCUUCUUAAUUUUGAUGAGCUGCCAGAACCCCCCGCCACCUUCUGUGACCCAGAGGAGGAAGCGGAAGGAGAGCCUCUGGCUGCCGCCCAGGUCCUCGCUAUGCCUUCAGCUCUAGAGGAGGCAGAUCAGGUGCUGGAGCAGGAGCAAGAGCAGGAGCCAGAACCUCACCUGCUGACCAAUGGAGAAACCACUCAAAAGGAGGGGACCCAGGCCAGCGAAGGAUACUUCAGUCAGUCACAGGAGGAAGAAUUCGCCCAAUCAGAAGAGUCAUGUGCAAAGGCUCCACCCCCUGUAUUCUACAACAAGCCUCCAGAAAUCGACAUCACCUGCUGGGAUGCAGACCCAGUUCCUGAAGAGGAAGAGGGCUUCGAGGGUGGUGAUUAGUAGUGGCGACUGCCCCCUGGCUGCCCUCGCCAAGGCUGCCCACCUGCAGUGGCCUCUGGCCAGCCGGCUUGCAGUGCCAGCAUUAGCAGCAGCCCCGCCUGCCCCCACUCUGGAUUCCGGCACUGGCCGGGGACCUGUCUGCUUUCCCUACCCACAGGGCCUGACUUUUACAGCUUUUCUCUUUUUUUUAAAAGUUGAUAGACUUGUACAAUUGACUGGUUUUCCUCCCGUUGGUAGUUGAAACAAUGUUGCAGAUUCCACCCCCUCUCUGCCGAGACCAGAUUGUAGCUUAGUCCUUCCUGCUCAGCUGACCAGGGUGGAGACCUCACCCUGCUUGGGAUCUGGUGGGGGUCGGGGGUUCCGGUGGGAAAAUAUUCCCCCCAUCACUUUUCCUAGUUUUAUGUUUCUUGGAAAAAAAAUAUCACUUUGUAUUCUCUAUCCAGGGCUUCAGAUAUUUUGCACGAAAUUUAAAACAUGGCAAUAAAUGGCUCGUGGGCUCUGGCUCCCUGGGACCCCUCCCCUUCUCUUUACCCUCGCUGCUUGGUCGAAAGGAAUUAUCAGACCCACCUGAGGCCCCUUGGCUUCCCGCCCUCUCCUGCCGGGCAGGUCCCAGGCUGGAUUCAAGUCAGGGCUUAUUGAUGGGACCCAGUGGUUUGGGUGGCCCUCCCCAAUUCCUCCCUCUCUGCUUGGGUUCUUUUUCACAUUAACUUUUUUUUUUUUUUAAAGCACAAAACUUAUGUAAUGGGUCGUGCUCAUGUCUGUUAAUAAAGAAAUCCAGAUCCCUUCGG